AUGGCCUCCCGCCUCAGUCUCAUCUCUAGACACCUUGACCAGAGACCUCAAGUCGAAUUGAACACACCAUACGCCCACGAGCGUCAAUCUAGUCCCCCAGACGACAUUCCAUACAACCCUCUGCCCGCUGUUCAACAAGACAAGACCAACAUGUCGAGCCAACCGCCCCACCCAGCCCUGCUCAUUCCAGGCCCCAUCGAGUUCGAUGACCAGGUUCUGCAGUCCAUGAGCCACUUCAGCGAGUCCCAUGUCGGCGCACCCUUCGUCAAGACAUUCGGCGAGACCUUGACCAUGCUCCGCAAGCUGUUCCAGACCGAGGAUCCCGCGUCUCAGCCCUUCGUCAUUUCCGGUUCUGGUACUCUUGGUUGGGAUCAGGUCGCUGCCAACCUUGCUGAGCCUGGUGACGAUGUCCUGGUCCUGCACACUGGCUACUUUGCCGACAGCUUCACCGAUUGUUUCGAGACAUACGGUGUCAAGGCUACCCAGCUCAAGGCUCCCAUUGGCGACCGCCCUCAGCUGGACGAAGUCGAGAAGGCCCUCAAGGAAAAGAAGUACAAGCUCAUCACUGUCACUCACGUCGACACGUCGACCGGUGUUCUCAGCGAGAUUGAAGCCCUCAGCAAGCUCGUACACAAGGUCAGCCCUGACACGCUGGUCGUUGUCGAUGGUGUCUGCAGUGUCGGCUGUGAAGAGAUUCAAUUCGACAACUGGGGAAUUGACUGUGUUAUCACUGCCUCUCAGAAGGCUAUCGGAUGCCCAGCUGGUCUGAGCAUCGUCAUGGCUUCUGGCCGUGCCAUCAAGUCUUUCCAGAGCCGCAAGGUCCCUCCUACCUCAUACUUUGGCUCGUGGAAGAAUUGGAUGCCCAUGCCCUUGGCCGACCGCUUUGCUGCUCACCGCAAGGCAUCGCAGAAGGUCAAGAAGGCUGUUGCCGACCUCGGUCUCAAGCAGCUGGCCGAGAAGCCCGAGAACCAAGCCAACGGCAUGACCGCCAUCUACCUCCCCAAGGGCAUGACUCCUCCGGAUGUUUUACCCAAGCUUAUGCAGCGCGGUGUUGUCUUUGCUGGCGGUCUGCACAAGCAGAUUGCUACCCAGUACAUCCGCUUUGGCCACAUGGGUGUUAGCGUCACCGACCCCAACCGCGACGACAUUGACCGUGCUCUCAACGCACUGAAGGAGGGCAUCACGGAAGCACAGCAAGCCAUGGAUAUGUCCGCUAGAUAG